ACGUAAAGUUUUAUUGCUAUAGCACUUUUUGCAUACGUGACCUUUCUGUCGCGAUAUAUAUUGUUCGUGGAGGUACUUCCGAUAGGUAACGAUAAACGCACUAAAAUUACGGGCAACGGGUAGGAUGCAACAAUUGCUGUAAAAGGCAUAAUCCCAUAAAGAAUACGCACACGACACAACGAAAAUGACAAUGGGCGAACGUGAGCCAACUUCGUCUCUCGUUCUGCCCAUUAUACUGAGGCCUAUUUUCACACAGCUCGAGCGACGCGAUGUUGGCGCGGCACAGUCAUUGCGCUCAGCCAUACUAAAAUCGGAGCAGAACAAUCCGGGCUUCUGCUAUGACCUCGUUGCGUCGAUCGUGCGACGCGCCGAUCUUAAUGUCAACCUUAAUGAGGCCGUCUUGCGUUUGCAGGGCAACAUCACGGAAGCAGAUCUUAAUGAAUAUCGCUUGACACGUACUGAGGAGCCGUUCCAAGAACUAAAUCGCAAGUCGGUGGCACUGAAAGUCAUACUCAGUCGCAUACCGGAUGAAAUUAACGAUCGCAAGACUUUCCUUGAGACCAUCAAGGAAAUUGCCAGCGCCAUAAAGAAACUGCUCGAUGUGGUCAACGAAAUUGGUUCGUUUAUUCCGGGCGUCUCGGGCAAGCAGGCUGUGGAGCAGCGAAAGAAGGAGUUUGUCAAAUAUUCUAAGAAGUUCAGUACAACGCUGAAGGAAUACUUCAAGGAAGGACAGCCUAAUGCAGUAUUCAUAAGUGCACUUUUUUUAAUAAGGCAAACGAAUCAAAUAAUGCUGACAGUUAAGAGUAAAUGCGAGUAGAAAAUUAAAUGUUUUGAUUAAUGCAAAACUUAGUGGCAUUUUAAUUUUAUGUUUAACUAACAGUUUAUUCAACACAAUAAAAAAAAAUGAUAACAAAUACAAAUAAGCGAGGAACACAAUUGGUAAUGAAAAGCACAUCAGAAGCCGAGCGCUGCAAAUACAAAAUCUGUUUUAUUAUAAACUGUAACGAUAAAUAGUUCUAUCACGCAUACAUAUAUAAAUAUAUAUUUA